UGUACAGGGGGAGGACAGGUAGACAGGAGAGGUCGUCUCUGGACCUCGGGCUGCUGCUCUCCCUCGGUGCCUGGAACAACAGGCGCGCUCCUCACUUUCCAAACACUAUGGUCGGAUCAGCCGGGCUGCUGACCUCGUCUCCCCGCUCAUGAAGAUGCCCCAUGCGCGCUGCUCUGUGCUAGAACAUGGCGGAGUCGGACGGUGGGGACUUUGCUUCGAAACAUUCGCAGAGCAGUAUGGCGAACAAGAAUAGCACCCUGCGCGGUUCCUUCUCGGCCCCGAGUCACAGCGCCACCCUCCUGCAGGGCUUGUCGUUUUUGCGGGCUCAGGGCCAACUGCUUGAUGUCGUGCUGGCCAUCAACGGGGAGCGCUUCCAGGUCCACAAAGCUGUGCUGGCUGCCUGUAGUGAUUAUUUCAGAGCAAUGUUUACUGGCGGCAUGAGGGAGUCCAAGCAAGACACCAUUGAGCUGAGGGGCUUGUCCGCCCGUGGGUUGAAACACAUUAUCGACUUUGCCUACAGUUCUGAGGUCACUUUAGACCUGGACUGUAUUCAAGAUGUGCUGGGAGCUGCUGUGUUUCUCCAGAUGGUCCCAGUUGUGGAGCUGUGUGAAGAGUUCCUCAAGUCCGCGAUGAGCGUGGAGAGCUGCCUGCACAUCGGCCAGAUGGCCACCACCUUCAGCCUGUCUUCCCUGAAGGAGUCGGUGGAUGCCUUCACUUUUCGUCACUUCCUCCAGAUUGCUGAGGUGGAGGACUUUCUGCACAUUCCCAUGGAGCGCCUGGUCUUCUUCCUGCAGAGCAACAAACUGAAGAACUGCAGCGAGAUCGAUCUCUUCCAUGCCGCCAUCCGCUGGCUCCAGUAUGACCAGUCUCGCCGGGCUCAAGCCAGCACUGUCCUCUGCCACGUGCGCUUCCCGCUGAUGCGCUCCUCCGAGCUGGUGGACAGUGUUCAGACGGUGGACAUCAUGGUGGAGGAGGUGCUGUGCCGCCAGUAUCUCCUCGAGGCCUUCAACUAUCAAAUCCUUCCUUUCAGACAGCAUGAGAUGAAAUCCUCGCGGACACUCAUUCGUUCGGACGUCGUGUCGCUCAUCGCCUUCGGGGGGACGCCCUACACCGACAACGACCACACAGUCAGUACCAAGGUGUUCUGUCUCCCCGACGUCACUGCCCGCCAGUUCAGAGAGCUGACGGAGAUGGAAACGGGGUGCAGCCACGCCUGCGUCGCCGUCCUCGAUAACUUUGUGUACGUCGUCGGCGGGCAGCACUUACAGUACCGCAGCGGCGAGGGCGCAGUGGACAGCUGUUUCCGCUACGACCCACACCUGAGCCAGUGGCUGCGCAUCCAAUCCCUGCAGGAGGGCCGUAUCCAAUUUCAGCUCAACGUGCUUCGUGGACAGCUGUAUGCCACCGGAGGGCGCAACAGAUCCGGCAGUCUAUCAUCUGUGGAGUGCUACUGCCCAAAAAAGAAUGAGUGGACUUACGUGGAACCGUUAAAACGCAGGAUCUGGGGUCAUGCAGGCACAUCGUGUGGGGAGAAGCUGUAUGUCUCAGGGGGUUACGGCGUCUCGCUGGAUGACAAGAAAACGUUUCACUGCUAUGAUCCAGUGUCAGACCAGUGGGACUUCAGAGCUCCCAUGAAUGAACCCAGGGUGUUGCACGCCAUGAUCAGCAGCGCGGAUCGGGUUUACGCUCUGGGCGGCCGCAUGGACCACGUGGACCGUUGCUUUGACGUGCUGGCCGCCGAGUAUUACGUUCCAGAGAAUGACCAGUGGACCACUGUCAGCCCCAUGAGAGCCGGGCAGUCCGAGGCAGGCUGCUGCUUACUGGACAGGAAGAUCUACAUCGUGGGAGGAUACAACUGGCACCUGAACAACGUCACAAGCAUCGUGCAGGUGUACAACACGGAGACCGAUGAGUGGGAGAGGGACUUGCACUUCCCAGAAUCGUUUGCUGGCAUCGCUUGUACACCGAUUAAACUUCCACAAAACACCACGCAACGCUGACCUGCGACUGUGAAGACUUUAUCCCAUGUGCUCUUCCUGCCGCCUGUCGUGUCAUCACAAGGUGUGAACGUAAUUUAAACUUUUUGUGUGUGUAUGUGUAUUUGAGAAAAGGACCUCUAAAGCUUCUAAGCAGCACUACACAGAGCGGCAUAUUAUUUUCUCUUCUUGUUAAGGAUAGGAUGUGUCUGAUUUAAGAGACACAACUUCAGAGAUGAAAACUCUUGGAUUUUUACGUUGGGACACUUCUGUGUUACAGGAACUAGGUUUAAUUAUUAUAAUUAUAGAUUUUGACUGUUUUGACACAUUUUAUCACGUUUCAGUGGAAAAGCCUAUCGUAAGAUGAGUAUUUUUUCUGUUUGAAUUCAACACCAGACUGAUUAAUAUAUUAUCUGCCAGUUACAUUUUAAGUGAGUCAUUAUAUAAUUAUAUAAUUAAUAUAGUGUAUAAUCAGUAUAUUUUGAAAAUGUCAGUCUUUGAUAGUUUGUUUUUUUUCCUUAUUUUAUCAACUUAAUAUGACUUGGAAAUCUUGGAAUUUCUUUAUUGAAAUCUUUGCUGUGCAAACACUGGAUCUUUUUAAUGUUGGACAUUUUGAUUGUACAGUUGUGAUUUUUUUAUUUGAUUGGUUUUUAUUUUUCAUAAACAAGCAAGAAAACUGAUCCUACUGCUCACAUGCCUAAUCACCAAACAACAUAUCAAUGCACAGAAUCAAAAGCACAGUAAACACAAGUUGUGUGUAAGUUCACGUCUCAGCUGAUCAAUUCUACAUUAUAUCGUUAAUGUUUGUUUUUGUUUGUUUGUCUUUAAUUACUACUUAUAACACAUCCCAACCCCAGCCACCGACAAACUUAUAGUUGUGUCACUCAAAGUAAUAAAAUACUGUACGCAGCUGCAUAAUGUAGUCAUAAUUUCAGUGUGUGUUGCUUUUGUGUUACCUGUUGUAUUCCACUCGGUAGAUGUAACGUUUGAUGUUGCAGGGAUCAAUUGUCUUGUAACGUCUCGCACGAGUCUUAAACUUUCACGCUCAGUAUUUCCUUUGACCACACUGUUGCACCUUUUUCCGAGCAGUAUUCAUGAGCUGCUUGAUUUGAAUGUGUGUAUAAGGAAGAAUCAAGCUUAAUGUUCUUGUUAUUUCCUUUUUAAAUGCGACCGUAUGACAGUGAGUGUCUCCUGUUUGCCUUUGUCCUGUUCUGCCUGUACCAAUAAAAGCACAUUAUAUUGUUGAAGUGCAAUAUAAAAGGAAA